AUGAAUCCGUCACGCGAUCCGGAAAAGGACCCUUUUCCGUCGGAAACGGCUUCUGAGCAGAGGGACGAACAGAGCCAGACCAGCGAUAGCGAGGAUGAGAUCACAGAAAUCGGCCGCGCAGGAGAUGGGUCCCCGGAGCCCGCGCCGGACCCGGACCCAUCCGCCACCGCCACCGCCGCCGCCGCCGGCAUCCCGGUCACUAGAACGUCCACCCGCUCCGGUCCUCCGGUCCUCAUUCCCCGGUCGAAACGGCGAGGACUGUUCGGGCAGCUCGCCGUCAUACCGGAGGUAGAAAGCCCGUAUACUUAUACCAAUAAGACGAAAUGGACCAUCACCCUAAUCAUUGCUCUCGCGGCGGCUAUGGCUCCUAUGGGAUCCUCCAUUUUUUACCCCGCACUCCCCCAAAUGUCCAAGGACUUUGGCGUCUCGCCGACGAUAACCAACCUCUCCGUGGCCUUCUACAUGCUCGCCAUGGCCAUCUUCCCGCUGUGGUGGUCCUCCUUCUCCGAGACCCUGGGCCGCCGCACCAUCUACCUCAUCUCUUUCGCCCUCUUCAUCGUCUUCUCCGUCCUGAGCGCCGUGAGCGUCAACAUCGAGAUGCUCAUCGUCAUGCGCCUCCUCGGCGGCGGCGCCAGCGCCAGCGUCCAGGCCGUCGGCGCAGGCACCAUCGCCGACAUCUGGGAGCCCCGCGAGCGCGGCCGCGGCAUGAGCAUCUUCUACCUCGGGCCCCUGUGCGGCCCCCUCUUCGCCCCCAUCAUCGGCGGCGCCCUCUCCCAGCGCUUCGGCUGGCAGUCCACCAUGUGGGCGCUCGCCAUCUACGGCGGGCUGGUCUUCAUCAUGGUCCUGUUCUGCCUGCCCGAGACCCUGCCCCGGCCGAAACCGCCUCCAGCUCCUCUCCCUUCUCAGGGCGACAAGAAUGAACUCUCCAGGACCAAGACCACGGAGUCGGUCAAGGUGCACACGAAGAAGGCCGCGGCGACGGCGAAGAAGUUCUUCCUCGACCCGCUGUCCGUGCUGCUCUACCUACGCUUCCCGCCGGUGAUCAUCACGGUGGCCUUCGCGGCCAUCACCUUCGGCGCGCUCUUCUUCGUCAACAUCUCCGUCCAGUCGACCUUCAGCAAGGAGCCGUACGGCUUCAACCAGCUCAUCAUCGGCCUGUUCUACUUCCCCGCGGGCCUCGGCUACUUCAUGGCCUCCAUCCUCGGCGGCCGCUGGCUCGACUUCAUCAUGGCGAGGGAGGCCAAGAAGGCCGGCCGCUACGACGCCAACGGCAAGCUCAUCAUGCUCCCCGAGGACAGGAUGCGCGAGAACGCCUGGAUCGCCGCGACCAUGUACCCGGCCUCCCUGAUCUUCUACGGCUGGGUGGUCCAGAAGGGGCUCUUCUGGUUCGUGCCGUGCAUCGGCCUCUUUACUUUUGGAGCCGGCUCGAUGCUCGUUUUCGGCGCCGCCACCACCAUGCUAACGGAAUUCAUGCCGGGACGCAGCUCCGGCGGCGUGGCGCUGAACAACCUGAUAAGAAACAUCUUCUCGUGCAUAGGCGCAAUCGCGGCACAGCCCGUCAUCGGCGCCAUCGGCAACGGGUGGCUCUUCACGAUACUGGGCAUCUUCACGUGGAUCACGGGGUACCUGUGCGUCUGGGUCCUGCGGAAGAAGGCCCCCGAAUGGAGAAAGGAUAUGGAUAGAGCGUUGAACAAGUCGUAG